AUGGCUCUCGAAGAGGACCAACUGAGACCACAGAAUGGUUCAGGUCCCGAAAAGGCAGUAAGCGAUCCUUCACGUGCCAACUCAUCAGCGAUCUCGUUGCCUUCGAUUCCAGAAUGGCCUGAUGAGAAAUGGCUAGAUGAGAAAUGCCUUGAGAACUUGUUGCAAACAUAUUACAAUGCUCAGUAUCAAUACCACAAUUCUUUUGAAAAUAGAAUACGGCAGACUUUGACAACGAUUUGUGCAGAAAUAAAGUGUAGUCCUUCACACGGAGAAUCAUAUCUAAUGUGUAAAGGUGCGAGAAUUCCCUAUACUUCACAACUACUAAUGCCUCAACUUUCGAGCAAAAAUAUUCCGAAUAUUAUAUAUGGGUUGAGAGUAAACGAUAUACUAUUUUUCGACGCAAACGAGCAAAUAAAUACUGACGACCGACCUCGAAAAAGGAAUCACAGUCAAAAACAAAACAGAUACAUUUUUGCUGACUUCAGCUUACCCAAAUAUGCUACCACAUAUCUCCAAAGUAUCGGAAUGAUGUCGGCCCACUCUGCAUAUGGAGUGUCAUCAGCGUCCGGGGUACCAAAUGACCUUCAAUUUCCGUUGGCUUUGACAUCCUUAUACAAUAAGUUGAAAUACAACAAUGGGAACAUAAAGCCAGGAGGUAACUACCCAGAUAACCAUGCGGGUAUUAGAGAUAUACCAUUCAUAAACCUGAGUCCACCGUCACCGACAUUUUCAUUUGAGCUAUCAAAAAGUCAUACUUUCGAUUCUAAAAAUUCGGAGUCAAAACCUAAUUUCAUUCCGGACAAAUAUUUAGAUCUUUCGUCUAGUGCAUCGCCAGUCCCUUUGCCAAAAUUAUUUAAUUCAAUAAAUAAUUCCAUUGAAUCAGCAGUACCUAGAUAUAUACAGGAAGUAUCAGCAACAAAAUUCAAUACACAGAAUUCAGAUAUACACAGAAAAAUACCCAAAGAACUGUUGCAAGUUGUUGAUACAAAUGUAUUUAAAAUGCCCAUUACGGAGUUGACUUCCCAUAAGUUGAGUUAUUUUCAGUCUUCGCCGUCAUCGAGUAGUAAAGAUCAAUUAUCUGCUGAGUCACAUACAUCGCCUUACGCAGAUGACCCGGUCAUGCAACAAUUUUAUAACUCAAUGUAUAACCGACCAGUAGUGACAACACGAACUCCCGAUAUAUUUUCUGAAGUUGCCAAUUGCGCUCAUCAGCUAUUAUCCAAUCAAAUUAGACACAUAGGAUCAAAACUCUAUUUACAACGUCCUCCGUAUGCAUGCACAUCAGGAAAAUAUGCAAGGGAGAGCAAGUAUAACGAAUUUAGCAAUGAACCAAAAUCGGUGCUAGUAGCACCAUCAAAUAAAUAUAGUAAAACCUGUCCACCAGAACCGCGGCUGCCGUUACCUUGCAUUAUUGUAACAAUACCCUGCUAUAAUCCAACUAUGCCAUGCAGGCCAUGCAACGAGAACUUUGUUAAUCAAAACCCAUAUAUGAGUAAGCCAGAAAUUCAGGAGUAUGUUGGUUUACCUUAUCCUUCAAGUAACUUAUUGCGGCCAAGGCUAUUUCCACAUUUUGGUUUUAUUCCACUUUUAGGUGGGCUACUAGGUUCACCACGAACGUUAAAACCUGCAUUGCAUGUCACCCACGAAACAUUUCAUAAUACGCAUCCUGUCUUAGGGUCGACGCCAUCUGGCUCGAUGCCUCUUACAUGCAAAGAAUCAUCAAUGGAUACUUCAAAUAUUUUGAGCCGGUUACGUUAUGGCGUGAAUGUUGUAUCGCAACUGGAAGAAUAUCCAGCAACAUUAUUUCAGACGAAUUCGUCAACUCAGCGUCCUUCAGAAAUGGUGGUAUCAACAUCGCUUAAACCGAUUGAGGUUAUGCGAGAAUCUAAAGAAGAGGCCACUACUUCGCACCUACCGCAGAAUGAAAUUCUUACAGCACCGAUGUCUACAGAAGCACCAAAAGAGGAUAAUUUACAACCCCAAUCACAAUCUGAUGCCGUUGCAGAGGAGUCGACCAAAAAAAUUUUAACUAUGAUAGAAAAAGCUCGUCAACUGCAAAUAAGGCACAGGCUUGAUUGAAAACUUUAAUAAAAUCAAUUUAGAUUCAUGAUUUACGCUGACGACAGACAAUAAAUUUUGCAUUUAAAUUUUUCACACACAUUGGCUGUCAAAAAUCAUCCAAACGUAACGUAAGCUGCAUUCAAUUUGAGAAGCAAUUCCAUUGCCAGAAUGCCUUCUUCAAGAAAACAAUGUAACUAACUAGCUUCUGAAGAUAAUUUCUCAUUGCUAAUUCCAUUGUAGAUUAACCUUUUAACAUUCAGAAGCAUAGUAAUUUUGUUCACGAAAUUCGCGCGCCAAUGCCUAACAGGUGAUAAAUUUACUUG